UGGAAAAGGUGUUUGCAGCAUCGGAGAAAGUAUAUCCGUAUCUUAGGGAUUACCAUAGUUUGCUAUGGAUGAGGUGCAUGUUUAACCCUGCCAUCAAGUGUGACUACAUAAAUAACAAUCUCGCUGAGUGCUUUAAUGCUUGGGUGCGAGAUAUCAAGGACUUGCCUAUAGUUCAGCUAGCUGAUCAGAUUAGAGAGAUGAUUAUGGCACUAUUUAGGAAGAGAAGAAUGCUUGCUGAGAGGUUUGCAGGGAUAAUACUGCCAUUUGUCAUACACCAAUUGAAUGCCAAGACUAGAGGACUAGGACAUCUCAAGGCUAAAGCAUCCGCUGAUUUUAGUGCGGAAGUGAGAAAUAUUAACAAGGAUGAUGAAAGACAUGUGGUUAAAACACUCACACACGAGUGUACAUGUCUACAAUGGCAGCACACGGGCAAGCCUUGCGACCAUGCCCUGGCUUUCAUAAAUGUUCUGCAAUCUCGCAACUUUGUCAACAUGGAGGAUUACGUACAUGAGUACUACUCUGUUAGCAGAUUUAAGGCAGCAUAUGAAGGUGUAAUUGAGCCCCUUACGGAUAUGAAUCAGUGGCCACAAGUGGAUACAGGUUUUGUGUUGCUUGCACCAAUUCCAACUGGCAAGAAAAAAGGUGCUGGAAGAACCAGAAAACAGAGGAUGAAGAGCUGGUGGGAAGGUGGAUCAAGGACAGGAUCCUUGAACAAAUGCAAAAAAUGCGGGGAGGUAGGACAUAGAGAAGCCAGCUGUCCUAAAAAUGGAACAAAGAAAAGGAAUAGCAAGGGGAAAAAACAUCCAUCUCCAUGGUUUGAUGUUUGAGUCAGCAAUGCAGUCCCUUCUACACCAACAAAAAGCAAGGUUGAUGCUACUUGUAGCAGUCCUGGAGCUGUCACAAGGAGCCAAACUGCUUGUCAAGCUAGUCCUGGAGCUGUCACAAGGAGCCAGGCCGCAUCUCAGGCCGCUACUCCACCACCAAAGUCUCCAACAAAAGGAAAGAAGAAGAAAAUGACUCCUAAACGGAGGAAAUUAAGCGAAAUGUGAGCUUAUUUGUGGCUGUCAUGAAGUCACAUUAGUUGCUCUCAUUUUAUUGUUAUGUAAGCGUGAGGUGCAAACUCACUUUUAUUGCUGUUUGUGUGAGGUAGAAACUCACUUCUAUUGUUGUUUCUGUGAGGUACAAACUCACUAAUAUUCCUAUUUGUGAGGUAGAAACUCACUUAUUUUGAUGUGCACGUGAGUUGGAGACUCACAUAUAUUUGUGGCUGUGCACUCGUAUUGAACAUAUAUCAGGUUUUGCAUUUUGUUUUUUGGGCAACUUAUUGUUUGGCUGUGCACUAAAGAGACCAGGGUAUAUAUGUCUAUUCAUAUUUAUGUUUGAUGGUUA